AUGGUGCUGCGCCAGGGCCGGAUCCUGGCGACCCUUAUCGAAAAGUCCAAGGACCAGAUCGUGGUCGCACUUCCCGAGUUAUCGCACACGACACUUGACAUGCUCAUCGACUACUGCAACUUUAUGCUUUCUGCUUCCUUGCGUCUCAGUGCUGCUAUACAGGCUCAAGAGUUCCCGCCGCUGAAUUCGGUCCUUGGUGCGCUCACAGAGGAUGCUCGAGAUGAGAACAAGCGCGAGGCCUUUGAAGCACGCUUUUUGGCCCCGGACACAGACCAAGCCAUGCUUUGCGAGCUGGCUUCAGCCUCAUACUACCUUGAUUUUCGCCCCUUGGUCAACCUGACUUCCCGUAUCAUUGCCGCCCAUAUCUCUGGCAAAUCACCCCAGCAGCUGCGUGCAGCCUUGGGCUUUGACACCCUCGAGGCACCCGAGGCACCCCGUCACGAUCGAGGGUCGGUCGUCAAGCGGCUUCAUAAGCGUCUUGAACAGAAACACCGAGAUGGCUCACGCGAAUUGGGAGUUGGCUCGCCGGUCCAGUCACAUUCCACACCCGCGGCCCCUUGGCCCGCCGCCGAUGCCCUUGCCUCCAUCCCUGCUCCAUCCACUUCGACGAUUGGUACCGCUUCCAAUCGCAAUGCUUCAGACGAGCGUUCGCUUGAGGAGCUGCUGUCCUUUAUCGAAGACGGAUCCGACGACAAGAAAAAAAAAAAGCGCCGGGGAAAGAAAAAGACAAAGCGCAUCAAGAAAGAUGAGGGGGAAGGCUCGGAAGCGCUGCAUCUCGAGCCAGACGUUGCGACAGAGAACCUGCACCACCCUGCCGAGGAUGCAUCGGACCCAGAUGACGCGCCGAGCUUGGGUGUUGGACCUGCCGUGGUCGAUUCGGCAACACUGUCAGGUCGCCACGUCGCUUCCAUGCGCGAGUCCCAAGAUGAGACUAGCCCAGCCACUGCCACGGACGCGGGGCCAGAACAGCCGCCGUAUGUUUAUACCAUGAUGUACCACGCACCGAGCCCGUCGACAGAGAUGCAUCGGUUGACCUUGGCCAUGCCCUAUUUCCUUGUUCAAUUUGCUGCACUACGUGCAUCAUAG